AUGGGGACGGUGUUGUUAAAAGAAGAAGAAAUCAAAAGAAUAGGGAUAGACUCUUUCAGGAUUCCGAUUUCACGAAAGAACGUCAAAGACUUUGCUAUGCCUCUGACUAAUAUUAACUUCAAAGACCUCAGAGAGUUUUAUGACAGAUUCAAGAAGAUGAGCAAAGAUGGAAAUUACUUGUAUAUAAAUCAGAGGACUUUUAUAGAGUUAAACCUCAUACAAAAGCAUAUAGCCCCUGUGGUUUUUGAUUACUUCUCUACCAAGGAGAAAGUCAAUUUCUAUGAGCUCUAUCUCACCUGCAUUUGGACUGCCAACGGAAGGAUUUCACAUAAAGUGAAGUACAUCUUUUGAUUAAUGUGCCAAGACAAAAAGACUAUGAAUUAUGAUGAAUUCAUGUUUGUCUUUCAGAAUUCUGUCAAUGGGCUGAUCAAAAUAUCGAAGAAUCAACCGAGGCUUAAGUAUGAACUCCUAGAGAUCGCAUCCUUAAAAGCAUUUUCCUCCUCAGAUAUUGGGAACAACCAAGAACUCACUCAGGAAGAUGUAAAAUUAUGGAUAGCGUUCAAUAGCGAAUUUGAAUCUUUUCUAAAUGAAUUUGACGCUCCUAAGACUUAUAAUGUUCCAGGAAGUGUUUUUGCAAACUUUAAAUCCAAUAGGAACUUUGAAUACUUUGAAUCUCAUGUUUUGACUGCAAAAGGAGGAAAGAAAACUAUUAAAAGAUCUAUGACUGUAAUACCCAGAAAAGGGUUAGACUCAGAAACUUCAACAGAUAUGGUCUGGACUAAUAACACCCAAGUAAAGACGAUUUACAAAUUUCAAAUCAAGCAAGCUAAUACGCUUCUUAAAAAGAAUCAUAUGAAGUUUGAUAGCAACAUAUCGAGUGAAAAAUCAGAUGAUUCUUUGACUGUCCCAAAAGAGCCGAAAUUCAAAAAGCUUAAACUAUCAAGCAAGGUUAUAGAAGGAUCCAAAAUUACAGUAUUCUCUCAAAAAGCAAGAGAUGAGCAAAAACACAAGAGCGAGGGACAGAAGAUGUUCAGAAUUUCUAGUCGGAAAAAGAAGGAUCUCCAGACCCCAUCUCCCAAUACUUCAAAAUCAAAGAAAAAGGUGCUUAAAAACGACUUAUGCACAAUAAGCAUAAAAUCUAAAUCUACAACUACUUGACUGACACAAAGAGUCCCAAAAAUAUGGGAGAACAUGGAUAAAGAGAAUACGAAUAAGAUGAACCAGGAUCUUGAAGCUGUGGGGUACACUACUUGCCAAAGAAAUAACUCAGAUAAGUACAAUGACGCACAGAUUGGUGGAAAGAUAUAAUAAAACCAGAGAAAUGCAUAAAGCAGAUAUCCAAAAGCCAGAUUGAUGUGAGUAAACUUAAGCCAAAGAAGAGAGUCAAGGAUACCUAUCAGGCUCAGAUGAAGGUAUUCUCAUCCAUAGAAAAAGAUCGUAUAAAGGACUUUAAUAAUCACAAUAAUUUCUUGAAUACUUUUGAGAAAUCCAGACCACCUCAACUUCAUAGAGUACUUGGAAUGUCCUCAGUCAUCACAAAUGCUGAUUUAAAUAGAGGAAACUGAAGAUAUGUUGCUCAGAAGAGCUUUAUCCCUGUGAAGCCAAUUAGAAUGAAGAAAUCAUCCUCUACAAAAGAAAUACCUUCUACAAAAGAUUGCUUCAAGGAGUUUUUGGAGAUAGUUGGGAAAAAUGAAAAUGUGCAAGAGACUAUUACUGAACCAGUAUCUGUACAAGUGAGAUCUAAAAAGAAGAGAUUUUUAACAGGAAAAAUACAGUUUGUCAACUCCUCACUAAUCAGUGCUCGGUCAAGUGUCAAUUCAAAACCAUUGGUCUGCUCUAUUCUAAACAAGUAGCUAUUAUUUCAGGAUUCGAGAUAUGAAAAUUCUGAAUAAAUUU